AUGUCUCCAUCACUACCGACUCGGGUCCUCGACGUCAACGGCGAAGGGGGUAUUGUGCGUCUCGUCGAAACCAAUGGGCGGCAGGGACACUACGUAGCCCUGAGUCAUUGCUGGGGCCUUUCACACCGAAUCACCACGACGAAGGAGACAUACGCAAAACACUGCGAGGGUAUCCCGCUUAAUGAACUACCGGCAACUUUUCAACAGGCUGUGACCAUUACUCGCGAGCUUAAGAUCCCAUUCCUGUGGAUUGAUUCCCUUUGCAUCAUACAGGAUGACGAUCUUGACUGGGAAAUGGAGGCUUCAAGGAUGGGCAUUGUCUACUUGGCUUCAUAUCUGACACUCUCCGCCAUGAGCUCGGCAGAUGACUCUUCCGGCUGUUACCGCGAAGCAUCGAAACCAAUUGAAGUGUCAUAUUUAAGACCGUUCAUCUCAAACGACACCUUAUCCACUGGGCGACGCUGUAUACCGCUCGCCGCACCUCUGGUCAUAUCCUACGAAGGCGAUGGGGUUACUUGCAGGACAUUCAAUAACAUGUUCGGUAUGCGGGGUGACCGACGGUCUCGAGCGUACAUCACGGCGGAAUGGAUGCCGUCGUCCUUGAAACAGAAACCAAAGGUAUACGUUGUUGGGCAAUUUGGCGCCGCAGUCCAGCCAUUUGAGCACGAACCGCUGAAUAAGCGUGGUUGGACUCUUCAAGAGCGACUGCUGUCUCCGCGUACAUUGCAUUUCGGGACGGAGGAGCUCUACUGGGAAUGCCAGCAAUAUUUGCUCGCCGAGGACGGGGCACUUUUGCAAAGAGAGUUUCCAACGAUAUCAAAGGUCAUUGAGUCAAGAAGACUCGCCUCAUCUUCCGCUGCCAAUGGCUCUGACUCGGUAACCGAUUCUGAGGUCAAGAGCACACGCCCGUGGCCCAACGUCUGGUUAAGGCUCAUCGAAGAGUACACCUCUCGGAACCUGACACGAGACCAAGACAAGCUGCCCGCCCUCUCCGGUGUUGCGAGCUCCAUAGCCGGCCAAACAGGAGACGACUACCUCGCGGGCCUCUGGCGAAACGAUCUCCUGCAAAACCUGUCCUGGUCCAUAGAAACGUUUGAGCCGAGUCAUCUUUGCGAUGACCUGACGCAUGACGCAGCAAUGCCUCUCGCGACAAAGUCAGAAGUGAGGUAUCCGGCAAUGUACCGCGCACCCUCGUGGUCCUGGGCGAGUCUAGACGGGAAAGUCAAGUUCUUUCCACUGGACCGUAAGAACUUGAGGGCUCGUUGUGUUUGUGCACAUGUCGAUAUUGCGGGCAGAGACCGGUAUGGCAGGGUCAAGAAGGGGUGGAUUACGCUCGAGGCUCCGCUGUACCUCCUCAAACCGGCCAAAUCGGACGCAAAAUAUCGCGUGCGCCACCCGUUCACGACCGAAGUCGACUUCCUUGUCCACGGCGAACCCGCGAAUGCAGCUCUGCACGGCCGCGGCAUGGCAACCUUCGACGGCCAACCGCAUUUCCCCAGCUUCGCCCUCCUGCUCGACGGUGAGAACGGCCUAGUUCUCAAGGCCAGGGAGCCAUGGGAGUUCGUCAGGAUCGGGGCCGUAUGGCUUUUGCCCUCUCCGAGAGGUGGAAAUGGUGACGAGGGUAACAAUACUGCAGAGCAGCAUGACCAUGGUACCAGCGGAGGAACUGCGAGUGGUGCAAGCUACUCGGUGGCGGAGACUACGGCGCUGUCGUUGGCGAAGGGGAUGGCGCAGAAGAUAACCAUCUACUGA